GCUUGACGACGCAGAGAAUUUCACAAGUUGCGAAAUAUGGAGGUUACGUCGUUUCCGAAAAUGUCAAAUUAAAGUGUCAAAUUGACACAUGUUUAAUAACAUGUCUUUUCACAUUUGUUUAACAAACGGGUGCUCCUAAUUUUCAAGAAUGGAAUUUGAUUUUAACAAUACCACUGAUAGUCCAUAUAAAAAUACUCCAACGCUUCAAGAAUGUAUACCGAGUCCCCGACGAAAUAAUACAAUUAUAACCGACGUUUAUAAUGGAAUUCCGGAAAAUUUACUAUUAAAUUUCAUCGGUUUUGUGUUUCUAGUUUCAUUAUUUGGCCUUUUGCGAAAGAAGGCUUGGAAUUAUGGAAGACUGGCCCUUUUGCACAAAACAGAAAACAGAUGGAUGGAAUUAUUUUAUGGUGAUAAUGACAGAGAAAAUGACGUGACUUGCAUUGAGACUUCCGUCAAUACACAGUUAUCGCACGUAGAUCGUGGAUUUUUAUCAUGGAUCGUCACAGCCUUCAGAGUCACGGACGAGGAAUUUUUAAAGAGAGCAGGACCAGAUGGUUUGUUAUAUAUCUCAUUCGAGAGAUAUUUAAUUCUCCUGACGGCUCUGAUGAUGUUGGUAUCAAUUUGCGUAGCUUUACCAAUUAAUUAUCAUGGGAAUCCCGUCGGUGAGGCGGCGUCAUUUGGUCGCACAACUUUAUUAAAUCUCGCUCCCGAUUCAUCGCUCAUGUGGAUUUACACCAUUUUACUUCUCUCUUAUCUUCCCGUUGGCGGUAUUGUCAUGCGGAAAUUUAUGAAACAGGUGAGAGAUGCAAAACCCGCCGGUGAAUUGGCAGCGAGAACUUUACUUAUCACGGAAAUUCCAAAACAUCAAUGCGAUAGUGAAAAUCUUAAAAAAUAUUUUAGAGGAGCAUUUCCGCAGUCAUCGGUGGAAGAUGUGACUUUAGCCUAUGAUAUUAAGCGAUUAUCGAUAUUAGACGCCGAACGUGAUUGUGUCGAACAGGCGCGAUUGUAUUGCGAAAGUUACUCGAAACGAAAGGAACCAUUGCAAAUGUAUCCCCAUCCUUGUGGACAAAUUGUUGGCUGUUGCUGUAAAACGAAAUUAGUCGACGCGCAGGAAUUUUAUACAAAGGAAGAAAUUCGUCUUACUGCAUUGGUCGAAGAGGAGAAAAAUGUCGCUCUCAGCAAACGAUUGGGAAUCGCUUUCGUCACUUUGGGAACUCCCGGUGACGCAAAAGCAAUGCGACGACAAUUGCGUUCAUCGCCGGCAAUAAAGUGGACCGUUAAUUACGCGCCAGCGCCUUCAGAUAUUUUCUGGGAGAAUUUAAGUAUCACUAGGCCCUGUUGGUACUUAAAUGCAUUUCUAAUAAACAUUGCCUUAGGAUUAUUGCUCUUCUUCAUUACAACGCCCGUUGUUGUGCUGACGGCGAUAAAUAAACCUGAAAUAAUGGGCGAAAUAAAAAAUUUGAGCGUAUUAAUAUCGACAUUUUUGCCGACAGUUGUACUUGUGAGUGUGGCGGCAUUAAUGCCGGCAUUAGUUGGACGAUGUGAAUCGUUUGUGAGACAUUGGACAAGGAGUACAUUAAAUCGUUCAGUAAUGAAGAAAACAUUGCUGUUGAUGCUUUUGGCGUUCCUCAUUCUGCCGAGUCUCGGUCUUACAAGUCUCGAGACCGCUUUCGAAUGGGUUCACAAUGGAAACGAUACAAUGAGAUGGCAGUGUAUUUUUUUGCCCGAUCAGGGGGCAUUUUUUGUAAAUUACGUGAUCACGUCGGCAUUGGUGGGCUGUGCACUGGAACUGGUGAGAUUUCCAGAACUUGCGCUCUAUACAUUUCGAUUGUGCAUGGCGAGGAGUCGAGCCGAGAGGAUUUAUGUGAGAAAAGCUGUUCUCUGGGAAUUUCCAUUGGGCGCACAUUACGCUUGGCUGCUUCUUGUUUUCACUAUGACGACAUUUUACAGUCUCGCCUGUCCACUCAUCACACCUUUUGGUCUACUCUAUUUGCUCAUCAAGCAUUUGGUUGACAGACACAAUUUGUGUUUUGCGUAUGGACCGAGCGUUGGCGGAGGACAAUUAGCCGGUGCUGCGGCAAGCGCGGCCGGAGCAGCUCCAGUUUUGGCCCAAGCUGCCUUUUUGGCUUUGGGCAUCGUUAGAAGAGGAUUGUCGCCAAUGGCCGCUGUUCAACUAAGCGGACUCGCUGCUAGUAUUCUGGGUCUCGUCACUGGCGCCAGUUUGCCUUCUUCUAGGCCCAAGACAUUUGCCCCGAAGAGAGAUUUAGCAGCGGGUCAAAGAUUUGUACCGCCAGUUUUAAGGAAAAGAUUCAGUCCCCAAAGUCAGGACGAAAUUAUUUCCAUUACUUCAAAUCCGGCCGGAAGUCCAGUAUCGAGUAACAAUUCAACGGCGAGUUCAUCGCUUCAGGAUAGUCCGAAACUUUACCAAAAUUACAACACCGAACGUAAAGUUUGAAAA